AGUUAUUAUAAAAAUGGUCCUAGGGAAUAGAUAUUUGUGAAAGAGAAAAACCAGAGUGAACACAUAGAGAGAAAGUGGAAAGAUGAUAGAGAUUUCAGAGGAAGUGAUGAAACAGUUAUUUUGGACAGCUGGGUUGAUAGUGAUAAGUACUGUUGUAAUAUUGUUUGAGAAACUAUGGUGGAAGCCACAUAGGAUUAGAUCAGUGCUUGAAAAACAAGGAAUCAAAGGACCAAAACCGUCUUUUCCAUUGGGAAAUGUUUCUGAGAUGAAAAAUCUUCAACCCCAACCACCUUCAAAUUCAGAUGUCAAAGAAGCAUGGGUUUAUUCUAUUUUUCCAUAUUUUCACAUCUGGAAACAACGUUAUGGUCCAUUGUAUUUGUACUCGACCGGAACAAAGCAACAUCUGUAUGUGGAGAAGGGUGCCUUAGUAAAAGAUAUGGCUGCGCAUAUGGCCCCUGAUCUAGGCAGGCCUUUGUAUCUUAACCAAGCAUUAGAGCCUAUUUUUGGAGAUGGCGUCCUAAGAGCCAAUGGUAAAACAUGGGUCUAUCAAAGGAAUGUUAUUAUUGCUGAAUUAUUCAUGAGCAAAAUUAAGAAAAUGUUAUAUAGUAUGGAAGAUUCUGCUAUGGAAAUUGUCAAAAAAUGGGAUAAAUCUAUAGAAGAAAAUAAAGGAAAAACCGUAGAUUUGGUGAUUGAACAUGAUUUGAAGGUUCUUUCAGAAGAUAUUCUUUCAAAAGCUUGUUUUGGUAGCAAUUAUGGAGAAGGAAAACAUGUUUUUGAAAGAUUGGGUGCUAUGCAAACUAAACUUGGAACGACCAGUACACUUUUAGGAUUUUUUAACUUAAGUUUUCUUUCAAUUAAUGGCAACAAAGAGGUAUGGAGGAUGAAGAAAGAGGUGGACGUGUUGAUAACAAAAAUGAUCAAUGAUCGUGAAAUCCAAAACAAAAAUAAGAACGAUGAUGAGAAACCAAAUGAUCUAUUACAAAAAAUAAUAGAAAGUUCCAAAAGAGAUACAACUUUAAAUGAAAAGGGUUUUUUCAAAACGAAGUAUGACAUGAACCAAUUGACUAUAGAUCUUUGCAAAAAUAUCUACUUUGCUGGCUCUGAGUCGACCGCUCUUGCAACUACUUGGGCAUUGUGGCUCAUUGCAUCAUAUCCUGAAUGGCAACAACGUCUUCGAUCUGAGAUCUUGGAAGCAUUUGAUUACAAGUUGCCUCAUUCUUUCUGUGAGGAUGGCAAACUUCAAAAGCUGAAAUUGCUAACAAUGGUGAUUCAAGAGAGUUUUCGUCUUUAUGGACCAGCGGUGACUAACUCAAGAGAAACUUUUGCUGACAUGAAAUUCGGAGACCUUUUGGUACCUAAAGGCACCUACUUGUGGAUGUUUGUGCCAGCACUUCAUCGCGACACAGAUAAUUGGGGACCAGAUGCUGCAGAGUUUAAGCCAGAAAGAUUUGCAAAUGGUCUUAGUAAAGCUUGCAAAUAUCCUCAAGCUUAUAUUCCAUUCGGAUUUGGGAGUCGCAAUUGCUUAGGCCAAAACUUUACAAUGACAGAAAUUAAGAUUGCACUUAGUCUUCUCCUCUAUCAUUUCUCCUUUGAGGUUUCACCAGAUUAUCGACAUUGCCCUGUCUCUAAUAUGUUGUUAAUUCCAAAGUAUGGUAUAAGGCUUCUUGUUACCAGGCUGAACCACAUAAAGAAAUGAUUCACUUGUUUUUCUGGUCAUGACUCUAUCGGUUUUAACCGACAUGAAUAACACAUCCUAUAAUAAUAUUAAUAAUAUAUCUUAUGCUUUCUAUUCUCCA